UCUCGCAACCUUGCUAGCACUAGCACGUUAGCUAACACUACUAGCGACGUUAAAAUACACGAAAAGCGACAAACCGGGGACGAAGAGAAGGGACUACCGUGUGCAUUCUUCUGAUAACUACAUCUCCAAUUAAAUAAGACCAGCAAAGGCAAAUUGUACUGCUUAGCCGACCUUUUUUCCCCGCUAACGCCAAUGUUAGCUGCGCAACGACCAGCCCCAGCUAAGCCGAUUUUAGCUAGCUAAUGUUGGCCAACUCCGCUAACGCUAUUUUGUAAACGUAUUGCCUCAAUGAAUGGGGGUCGCCUCAGUGAGUGAACACAUCAGUCAAACAUGUACGCCUGCUACUGUCGCUAUCUUUGGUUAUUUUAGCUUCCCGACACCGUUGUCGUCUCGCUUGGCUGCUAACUUACUCACCAGAUGCUUUCAUAGAGGAACUUGAGGCGAAACCUGGAGAUUAUUUGGGGGAGGUGGACGGGCUAGCGCGAUCGACGGCGAACCGCUGGAUAAUCUCGGAACAACUUUAUCUGAAAAUACAUCACAGUGCGGGGAACAUGCACUACCCAGGGACCUAGUUUCAUUACAUCGGGACUUGCACGAAGCUGGCCUAACACCACAGCCAACGUCGGAUUGGAUAACCGGAGUGUUUGUUUUGUGUUUGGAAAAAAAAAAACAAUAACAUAUGGACGGGUGUAUUUCUAAAUCAGUUUGGGUGAGUGUGCUGAGCCUUCACUGUGGUGCGUUUAUCCUGCGAAGGUGUCGGCUGUCCCCAUUUUGAAGGGAAUGAUUUCGUUUUGGAGAGAUCCUGCCCUCCGUCCCAGGUAGCUGUGAGCCCUGCGCAGGGGAGUGGUGGGGAGGACUCCCCGGCCUGGCCCUCAGUUUCCGGGUGAUGGGCAAUAAAAAAAGAAAACCUUGGAAAUAACCUGGAGCCCGGUUUUAUUUAUGCAUCUACCUACUUUCAGACGAGCUUGCGAUACGCCAUUGCGAUAAGCAUCCCGAGAAAUGGCUUUGCAGUUUAACUGAGAAUUGCCGGGAUCAUGAUGGACAUUGAAGAAGUUCCCCCAAGAGGAAAAAUAUGCAGUUGUUUUGAGCCUAAUCAUGGACCAAUGAAUUCAACUCAGGACGCUUUUUAACAAAUAUUCUAUUUUAGUAAACACUUGACUGAUAAAAGUAAGAAAACAAACAAAAAAAUGUCUGGAUUUGCUGAAUUUGUCCCUCCCCCCGAAUGUCCAGUUUUUGAGCCGAGUUGGGAGGAUUUCUCGGAUCCACUUGGAUUUAUCAACAAGAUCCGACCAAUUGCAGAGAAAACGGGCAUCUGCAAGAUCCGACCCCCUGAGGACUGGCAGCCUCCUUUUGCCUGCGAUGUUCGCAACUUCCGCUUCACUCCUCGAGUGCAGAGACUCAAUGAACUUGAGGCUCUCACUCGGGUUAAACUCAACUUUCUGGAUCAAAUCGCAAAGUUCUGGGAGCUGCAGGGCUCCAAGAUCCGAUUCCCUCAUGUGGAGAGAAAGAUCCUGGACCUCUAUCGACUCAGCAAGAUUGUGUCAUCCGAGGGCGGCUUCGAGAGGGUAUGUAAGGAGAAGCGGUGGUCCAAGGUGGCCAGCCGGAUGGGAUUCCCGGCUGGGAAAGGCACUGGCUCGCUGCUGCGCUCUCACUAUGAGAGGAUCCUUUACCCCUACGAGCUCUUCCAGUCCGGAGCCACGCUAACUGGCAUCCAGCGGCUGUACGAGGAGGGAGACGAUGGAGAAGAGGCAGAUGAGGGAGUAGGGGAGGAGGCGAUGGAGGAAGAUGAUCAGGAGGAGGAGGAAGAUAAGGAGAAAGACAGGGAUGGCCAUGGCGAUGCAACGCAGACCAAAGAGCGGCCACUGCCUGAGAGGCGCUCCCGGCGCCUUAGGUCUGAGAGGGAAAACAAGGAGCCAAAAGGCCUGAAAAUCUUUGGCACAAGCCCCAAGAUGGUGGGCUUGGAGAUUGUACCAGCUGAUGAUGGAUUCAACAAGAAGCAGCGUCACCUCAAGGCCCAGGCCUUUGCCAUAAAAAUGCGUCCACGUAAGGAGACUCUGGAGGUCAACUUUAUCGACCUGUACCUCUGCCUGAUGUGUGGGCGGGGUGAUGAGGAGGACCGUCUCCUGCUGUGUGACGGCUGUGACGACAGCUACCACACCUUCUGCCUGAUCCCUCCUCUGCAGGAUGUGCCCAAGGGGGACUGGCGCUGUCCCAAGUGUGUUGCUGAGGAGUGCAGCAAGCCAAGGGAGGCGUUUGGCUUUGAGCAGGCCGUGAGGGAAUACACUCUCCAGAGCUUUGGAGAGAUGGCUGACCACUUCAAGUCGGACUACUUCAACAUGCCCGUCCAUAUGGUUCCCACAGAGCUGGUGGAGAAGGAGUUCUGGCGCCUGGUCAGCAGCAUUGAGGAGGAUGUGAUAGUGGAGUACGGGGCUGAUAUCAGCUCCAAGGAGGUGGGCAGUGGCUUCCCUGUCAGGGAUGGCAAGAGGAGGCUACUGGGAGAUGAGGAGGAGUAUGCCAACUCAGGCUGGAACCUGAACAACAUGCCGGUGCUGGAGCAAUCAGUGCUCACCCACAUCAAUGUGGACAUCUCAGGCAUGAAGGUGCCCUGGCUCUAUGUGGGCAUGUGCUUCUCCUCCUUCUGCUGGCACAUAGAGGACCACUGGAGCUACUCCAUCAAUUUCUUGCACUGGGGCGAGCCAAAAACGUGGUAUGGAGUGCCGGCCUCAGCGGCAGAGCAGCUGGAGGCGGUGAUGAAGAAGUUGGCUCCUGAACUGUUUGACUCUCAGCCGGACCUCCUGCACCAGCUGGUCACCAUCAUGAACCCCAACGUCCUCAUGGAGCACGGAGUCCCUGUGUACAGGACAAAUCAGUGUGCAGGGGAGUUUGUGGUGACCUUCCCCAGGGCUUACCACAGCGGCUUCAACCAGGGCUACAACUUUGCAGAGGCUGUCAACUUCUGCACCGCCGACUGGUUACCUAUGGGCCGCCAGUGUGUGGCCCACUACCGACGCCUCCACCGCUACUGUGUCUUCUCCCAUGAAGAACUGCUGUGCAAGAUGGCCGCUGAUCCAGAGAGCCUGGACGUGGAACUGGCUGCCGCCGUGUUUAAGGAAAUGGGAGAGAUGAUGGAGGAGGAGACACGCCUCAGACAGGCCGUCCAAGAAAUGGGGGUGCUGUCCUCAGAGCAGGAGGUGUUUGAGCUGGUCCCUGAUGACGAGCGCCAGUGCCACAAAUGUAAGACGACCUGUUUCCUGUCGGCGCUGACCUGUUCCUGCAGCCCCGAUCGUCUGGUUUGUCUCCACCAUGCAGCAGAUCUGUGCGACUGUCCCCUUGGCAACAAGUGUCUCCGGUACCGUUAUGAUCUGGAGGAGUUCCCGUCCAUGCUUUAUGGGGUCAAGACGAGGGCUCAGUCCUACGACACCUGGGCCAAGAGGGUCACUGAGGCUUUGGCUGCAGACCAGAAGAAUAAGAAAGACCUGAUAGAGCUGAAGGUUUUGCUGGAGGACGCCGAGGACAGGAAGUAUCCGGAGAACGCUCUGUUCCGGCGCCUUAGGGAAAUGGUCAAAGAGGCUGAGACCUGCUCCUCUGUAGCCCAGCUGCUGCUCAGCCGCAAGCAGAGGCACAGCAGCCGUCUGCGUUCAGAGAGUAGCCGGGGUCGUAACAAGCUGACAGUGGACGAGCUCAAAGCCUUUGUGGAGCAGCUCUUCAGGUUGCCCUGCAUCAUCAGCCAGGCCCGACAAGUCAAGGAGUUAUUGGAGAAUGUGGAGGACUUCCAUGAGCGAGCUCAGGUGGCACUGGCAGACGAGAUGCCUGACUCCUCCAAACUGCAGGCCUUGUUAGACCUGGGCAGUGGCCUGGACGUAGAGCUACCUGAGCUGCCCCGACUCAAACAGGAGCUCCAGCAGGCCCGCUGGCUUGAUGAGGUGCGUGUCACCCUGGCCGAGCCCCAUCGGGUCACCCUGGAGCUGAUGAAGAGGCUGAUAGACUCUGGGGUGGGCCUGGCCCCCCACCACGCCGUGGAGAAGGCCAUGGCUGAACUGCAGGAGAUCCUCACUGUCUCAGAGAGAUGGGAGGACAAGGCCCGCGCCUGCCUGCAGGCCAGGCCUCGCCACAGCAUGGUGACGUUGGAGAGCAUUGUGUUGGAGGCCAGGAACAUCCCAGCCUACCUACCCAACGUCUUGGCCUUGAGGGAAGCCCUGCACAAAGCUAAGGAGUGGACUGCCAAGGUGGAAGCCAUCCAGAAUGGCAGUAGCUACGCCUACCUGGAGCAGCUGGAGAGCCUGCUGGCCAGGGGUCGCUCCAUCCCUGUCCGACUGGACCCACUGGCCCAGGUGGAGUCUCAGGUGGCCUCAGCCCGAGCCUGGAGGGAGAGGACCGCCCGCACCUUCCUCAAGAAGAACUCCACGUACACACUUCUCCAGGUUCUUAGUCCACGUGUUGACAUUGGUGUCUAUAGCAACAGCAAGAGUAAAAGGAAGCGUGUCAAGGAGCUCCUUGAGAAGGAGAGGGGAGGUUUUGACCCUGACACUCUAAGCGACCUUGAGGAGAGCCUGGAGGAGGUGCGAGACCCCGCCACUGUCGUAGCAGCUUUCAAGGCGAAGGAGCAGAAAGAAGUGGAGGCCAUCCACUCACUCCGGGCCGCCAACUUAGCCAAGAUGGCCAUGGCCGACCGCAUCGAGGAGGUCAAGUUCUGCCUGUGUCGCAAGACGGCCAGCGGCUUCAUGCUGCAGUGUGAGCUGUGUAAGGACUGGUUCCAUGGAGCCUGUGUGCCCCUGCCCAAGACGGGAUCUCAAAAGAAGUUGGGUGUCGGCUGGCAGAGCAACAGCAAAGAUUCCAAGUUCUUGUGCCCGCUGUGCCAGCGUUCGAGGCGGCCGAGACUAGAGACUAUCCUGUCACUGCUGGUGUCACUGCAGAAGCUGCCGGUGCGUCUGCCAGAAGGAGAAGCCCUGCAGUGUCUGACAGAGAGGGCCAUGGGAUGGCAGGACAGAGCGCGUCAGGCCCUGGCCACCGAGGAGCUCUCUUCAGCCCUGGCAAAGCUGUCAGUGCUUAGCCAACGCAUGGUGGAGCAGGCUGCGAGGGAGAAAACUGAGAAGAUCAUCAACGCUGAGCUGCAAAAAGCUGCUGCUAACCCUGACCUGCAGGGUCACAUCCAGACGUUCCAGCAGUCAGGUUUCAGCAGGGCCACAUCGCCUCGUCAGUCUCUGGACUACGAUGACGAGGAGACAGACUCAGAUGAGGAUAUCAGAGAGACCUACGGCUACGACAUGAAGGAUCCAGGUGAGGUUAAGCCAUACCUUUUCUGUGAUGAGGAGAUCCCUGUUAAGUCAGAAGAGGUGGUCAGUCACAUGUGGCCGGCUGCCACGCCCUCCUUCUGUGCUGAGCACGCCUACUCCUCCGCCUCAAAGUCCUGUGUUCAGAACCUGGGUACGCCCAGGAAGCAGCCCAGGAAGACGCCCUUGGUACCGCGCAGCCUGGAGCCCCCAGUGCUGGAGCUUUCCCCCCAGGCCAAGGCUCAGCUAGAGGAGCUGAUGAUGGUAGGGGACCUGCUGGAGGUGUCCCUGGAUGAGACCCAGCACAUCUGGAGGAUCCUUCAGGCCACGCACCCCCCCUCUGAGGAGAGAUUCCUGCAGGUCAUGGAGCCUGAUGACUCUCUGAUGGAGAAACCUCUUAGGAUCAAGCUGAAGGACUCGGAGAAGAAGAGGAAGAGGAAGUUGGAGCGAGCUGAACACCACCACAUGCUGAUGGCCGCUGCUGCCACUGGUGGGGCCUCAGGAAUUGGAGACAUCCGGCCAGCCAAGUCCAAAGAGCUGAAGAGGGUGGGCCUAGAGCUCGGUCUUGGGGGUAAACCCAAGAAGAAGAAGCUCAAACUCAACCUGGAGAAGAACCGCGAGAUGAAACAGCUGGCCAAAAGAUUGGCCAAGGAGGAGAAAGAGAGGAAAAGGAAGGAGAAGGCAGCUGCCAAGGCCGAGGCCAUCAGGGAGGGGCUGGAGAAGAGGAAGGAGAAGAAGAUUCUGGACAUCCCCUCCAAAUAUGACUGGUCUGGGGCUGAGGACUCCAACGAUGAGAAUGCUGUAUGCGCGGCCAAGAACUGCCAGAGGCCGUGCAAGGAUAAGGUGGACUGGGUGCAGUGCGACGGCGGCUGUGACGAGUGGUUCCACCAGGUGUGUGUGGGCGUGUCGUGCGAAAUGGCCGAGAACGAGGACUACAUCUGCAUGGACUGCUCCCGUAAAGCCGCGGGAUCGAGCGCGGGAGGCGGCGGAGGGAUGCUGGCAGAGGUGAAGGUGGAGAAGGUGGUGGAGGAGAACGUGGUGGUGCUGGCAGCGUCCGUGUGCAGUGUGCCCUCGGCGUUGCACGUGUCCUCUGUCUCUCACGUAAACCCUGUAACUACACACCAGCAGCAGCAAGAGCCUCAGCAGGGCAGCUAGCGCUAAGAAGGACCCAAGACUGAGGAUGAAUAUAUUUAGGCAUAUGACUGUACCUCAACACAACGAACUUAACACAGAACCCCGGUAUCCACACGCACUGGGUGUCUCCAGGCAAGCAUUUAACCUCUCAACCUGGGAGAGUGGAGAGCAUCUAAGUGCGGAAAAGAAAAGAUUGUCCCUUUAUGGAAAAGCUUGGCGGUGGACGGACAAACCAGGAGCACUUCUGUAGUAAGCCUGGAUUAUACAGCACAUGAAAAAAAUUACCUACAGUUGGAGAGAGAGAGAGAGAGAGAAACGUCCUACCUUCACAAACAAAAACUCAGUGAUUUUUCUCUUUGUGGCUCCAUGUUCCGGGGAUGUCACGUGGGCCCGUAAGCCACAAAUCAGGCGCGUCCUCUCCUCUCACGUGACUGCGUCCAGGAUUUAAACGUGACCGCGAGCUGCCUAGCGUCAGUGUGCCGACAAGGUUAUCACCGCACAGACAAGACUUAGUGCUUCUCCACAGUCUUUAGGUCUAGGAACAUCAACCAGCUACUUCGCCUGUUCUCUUACAAUAAACAAAUCAGUGGUACAGCCCAAAAAGCACCCACUUACCCCAGCUGUUGUAUUCAGUGCAAAUAGGCAAAUAAAUAUGUUUACGGUUGUGUCACUAUUUAGACUCGGUCCAUCCCUAGGUUUACAGUUUUCCCGGCCACCCUGAACCGCUCCCGUCUGCCUGGCCCUUCAGACAAUAACAUCACAAUAUGUAGGACUCGACUAGGAAAAACAAAUGGUUGUAAUGUAGUGGAAUUAUUUAUAAUGUACAUAGGUUUUGAGCAAUUAAACAAAUGGAUUGUGGCUUUUUUUGUUUUGUUUUCUCACCUUUAAUAAACUAUUCCUAGUCAAACGAGUUA